ACGUGGCAGAACUUGCUUUUCUCGCAUGAAACAGCGACUGAGGAAAAAACAAAACAAAACAAAACACGGGUGAUGAAGAAACCUCUGACAUCUGAACCUGAGGCACGCGCUCUCUAAAUCGACGUCGUUUGGUUGUGUUCUAUGUCAGUGUGGUGCUUGCUUUGGAUAUGGCGGAAACAACCACUUCUUCCCUUUCUUCUUCGGCUGAUUGGAAUUGGAGACACAUCAAGUUGUGGAAAGGCACAUUUGCUGUCACCGGAAUCAUGCUCACUCUCGUUACCUAUGGCGUCUUGCAGGAAAAGAUCAUGAGAGUCCCAUAUGGGGUGGACAAGGAUUACUUCAAAUAUUCUCUUUUUCUUGUUUUCUGUAACCGCAUCACCACGUCUGCUGUUUCUGCAGGUGCUUUACUGGCUAGUAAAAAGGCAUUGGAUCCUGUAGCUCCCAUUUAUACGUAUUGCCUUGUGUCAGUUUCAAACAUACUGACUACAACUUGUCAGUACGAGGCCCUCAAAUAUGUUAGUUUCCCUGUUCAGACUCUUGCAAAGUGUGCUAAAAUGAUACCAGUUAUGGUCUGGGGCACUCUCAUAAUGCAGAAGAGAUAUCAGGGAAAUGACUAUUUGUUGGCCUUUUUAGUAACCCUUGGCUGCUCAGUAUUCAUCCUGUAUCCAGCAGGGACGGAUAUAAGUCCAUACGGUAGAGGAAGGGAAAAUACUGUUUGGGGCAUUUUCCUAAUGAUUGGUUACCUUGGGUGUGAUGGCUUUACAAGUACAUUCCAAGAUAAGCUGUUUAGAGGGUAUGAAAUGGAGAUACAUAAUCAGAUAUUCUAUACAACUUUGUGUUCCUGUAUUCUUAGUCUGACAGGUCUUAUCUUACAAGGACAUUUAUUACCAGCAGUAGAGUUUGUUUAUCGCCAUAAUGAUUGUUUCUUUGACAUUGCAUUGCUUUCGACUGUUGCAACAGCUAGUCAAUUUUUUAUUUCCUAUACAAUUCGAACUUUUGGUGCUCUGACAUUUGCUACUAUAAUGACAACUAGACAGUUGGUAAGCAUCAUGCUGUCAUGUGUGUGGUUUGCGCAUCCUCUUAGCUGGGAACAGUGGAUUGGAGCUGUAAUUGUCUUUGGCGCCAUUUAUGCAAAAAGCUUCUUGAGGAAAGCACCCCAAAAGACAACCCCUUCUGUAGAACUUGUACAAAAUGAAAUUCCAAAUAAUUUGAAGAACCCUUGAUGGAGAUUAAUGCCUUUGCUGACCUGCCACCUGAUACUUCCUGUAGUAGUGGGGCAGCUUCAAUUUUAAGUUCAGAGCUGUGCGCAGAUUCAAUUUCAGGUCUUGGCUAGUGCAUUAUUUGAAGGGAUGAUCAAUAAUAUACGGAUCAAAGCCGAAAGAAUAUUAUAAAUUGAAAGUGUACGAUGUGUUUGCCCAAGCAAGGUUGUUUCUUUCUUUAGUAUUCCAUAAUGUGUUUUUGUUAAAAUUGGAAGGCUUAUGCUAAGUUCUUGGGCCCGUCAUUAUGUCAUUACCAUAAAUUUGUGAGGGGAUGUGUUCUUAAAGGAACGAUUUAGGUUGACAGAGAAACUAAUUCGGAUAUCUAUGAAACUUCUAGUUGAAGAUAUAUUUAGUUGUGUGUAUAUCAUUUGUAUAUGUGAUAAUAUACUUCAUUUCUAGGGUU